ACACUUCGGUGACCCCGCAGCCGGUCGGACGGCUAAAGAGCUCACGUACCCGGACACACGCACCGGCGCAGAACAAAGGGCCAGACAUGCUCCGAACCCGCUCCGCCUCCUCCUGGCUCUCCUCGGCCCGGGUUACCUGCGCAGGAUCCCUAUGAGCGUAGCUUCUGAAGGCCAGUGGAUCUAGUCCCAGGAAAGCAGCUGCUGAGGUCUCUCUGGUGAGUGUGAUUCAGUUUAUAUCCCUGUUUUGCAGCAGCUGCAGAAAAGGAGGCCGGGGCACAGCUCGGGAGUGCCACUUACUGGCAGCCUGGAGCCAGGAGCCUGGCAUUCCCAGCACCAGACAAAGGCCAGUUGAUCUUUGACCCCCGCCCCCCCAGAAGCCUUGGCCCUGCCUCCGCCCGCCUUUCUUUCUUCCCUGCUGGCCUCUCCCUCUGCCCUCGCUCCUCAUUCCCUGGCUUUCCUGCUCCGACUGGCAAUUUUUCCCAACUCUUUGCCCAAACCAGUCCUUCCAUGCUGUCUUCAAGCCCUACUUCCUGCACAUCUCCCAACCCGGACAAGGAGAAUCCAAGUAAGAAGGUCCAGUGGGCUUCUGGGAGGAGGAGGAGGACAUCAUCCACGGACUCCGAGUCAAAGUCCCAGUCCGACCCCUUCCGACCCCGGUCCCGGAAACCCAGCCGGCUGACGGUGAAAAUGUCAUCUGGUUGGAAUUGUACAGUAUACAGACUUUUCAGGAUCAACCAACUUCUUCAGAGCCUGAGAUCGACCUGGAGGCUCUCAUGGAACUACCCACAGAGGAGCAGAAGACUCAGUUGGAGGCUAUUCUCCAAAACUGCCCCCGCCCCACAGAGCCUUUUAUCUCUGAGCUGCUCAGUCAACUCAAGAAACUUCAGAGACUCAGUCGACCUCAGAAAUAAGCCUUAUGAGACUAGCUUCAUCAGCCUCAGCACUGCCCAGUCUGCCCUGAACCCCUGGAUCCUCGGCUGGGUGGGAAACAGCUCCUUGGGACCCAGACGAGGAACAUGGAGAAUGAGGAGGGACAUUUGAACACCACUGUCUAUGUGCAGUCACAGCUGGCUCCUGUCAGCUGCACUGUCUGGGAGCCAGUCAUGGCUGUUGCCCAGUGCUUUCCCAUCAGCCAAAUGGAUAAAACCUUCAGGAGCCCCA